GUUAUCAAACAAUGUUGGACACUAUAAGUCUCGUAAACACUCGUCAACUUUUCAUUCUGUUGCACGCAAGGCCUGCAUGUGUUUGUUGUCUCAAAAAUUGAAAGGUGAAUUACGUUGUUUGAAAAUAUAAAAAUAUCAAAGAUGACGACCGAAUAUGAUAAUCACACAUGCCAGGGACCUCCUCCGUAUCCUGGUCUUCAACAGUCUUUCGACCCAGCCGCAAGCCCGUCCACAGUGAACGACCCAGUCAUCAACAUCAUCAGCAGAACGUUGGCACCAAAUGAAAGAAUAAUAGUAUGCGGGUCUUGCUGGCAAUAUAUCAAUAUUCGACCCAGUGCAAAAAAGGGCAAUAACGAUAAUAUAUCCCAGGAACCUGUAUCGUUUCCUGAUCCUCAGCAGCUUUCCGAUACGUACCAGCCCCAAGUAGAAGUACCACAUGGACUGACUGAAAUACCUACCAUUAACAUUAUCAGCAAUACAUUGGGACCCAACUCUCAAAUAAUAGUCUGCUACACUUGCAGCGAACAUAAAAUUACUCGAUUCGAGAGGAAACAUUUCACAAGAACUUCGUAUUUCAUUGGAUCUGAAGAGGCCAAUGAAUAUUACAAGUACUCAUCCCAGCACCAACUUCCACCGUACCCUGGUCUUCAACAGCCUUCUGAUCAACUCAAUAGCCAGUCGCAAGUUAAAGUACAGCCUGGUCUAACUGGAAGCAAUGUCAUUAACAUCAACAGCAACACAUUACAACCCAACGCUCAAAUAAUAGUGAAGAGAAAGGGAACUAAGAACUUAAGAACUUCAUUUUUAUUUGGAUCAAAAAUGGAGACUAAAUCAUCUGCCACGAGUCUGCCACAGGUAAAAUCACCGCAUGAACUGACUGGAGUACCUGUCAUCAACAUUAUAAGCAACACGUUGGGAACCAACUGUAAAAUAACAGUCGGCUGUCUUUGCCUCGAACAUAUCAGUACUCGAGUGGAUAGCAAACCUUCAGUGAGGAUUGCCUCAGGUUUACUUGGUGCUAAGAAGGGCAAUAAUAGUAAUCUAUCCCAGGAAUCGUAUGAUGAUCCUCAGCAGCCUUCCGAUCCGGGUCAGCCCCAAGUAAAGGUACCCCAUGGACUGACUGAUAUACCUACCAUUAACAUCAACAGCAACACAGUAGGAUCCAACUCUCAAAUUUUAGUCUGCUACACUUGCAGCGAACAUAAAAGUACACGAUUCGAGACGAAACAUUUCACGAAAACUUCAUGUUUCAUUGGAUCAGAAAAGGCCACUGAAUAUUACAAUUACUCAUCCCAGCACCAGCUUCCACCGUACCCUAGUCUUCAACUGCCUUCUGAUCAACUCAAUAGCCAGUCGCAAGUUAAAGUACAGCCUGGUCUAACUGGAGGCAAUGUCAUUACAAUCAACAGCAACACAUUACAACCUGACGCUCAAAUAAUAGUGAAAAGAAAGGGUACUGUAAGAACUUCAUUUUUAUUUGGAUCAAAAAUGGAGACUAAAUCAUCUGCCACGAGUCUGCCACAGGUGAAGUCACCGCAUGGACUGAAUGGAGUACCUGUCAUCAACAUUAUAAGCAACACGUUGGGAACCAACUGUAAAAUAACAGUCGGCUGUCUUUGCCUCGAACAUAUCAGUACUCGAGUGGAUAGCAAACCUUCAGUAAGGAUUGUCUCAGGUUUACUUGGAUCAAAAAUGAGCAAUGAUUCUUACAAUAACCCCUACCAAAAACUGACUGAAAAACCUAUCGUUAACAUCCAUAGCAACACAAUGGGACCCAACUCUCAAAUAAAAGUCUGCGGCUAUAAUGGCAUCCAUAUCAUACAGGUGGACGGGAAACCUUCCAAGACUACUUAUUUCUUUGCCAUUUUUUCAUGUUUAAUUGGAUGCUGGUCGUGCGCAUGUUACCGUAACAACUCUGAACAAUAUUGUUCUUAAUGAUAUUCACAUAAUUUUGUUCAUAUUUUAGGUGUCAAGGGUUACUUUAAGUGCAGACAUAUGGAUGUUUCGGUGUUGCUGAUUGCAUAACUGGAUCAAAUUAUUAAAGCAAUACUCCUCGACAGCUUUAUUAACUUCGUAUUGGCAAUAAAUAUUUUAAUUGGAGCUUUUAUAGGUUUUAACCAAACCUCAAUUCGAAAAUUAUUAGCUUUUUCUUCUAAAUUAUUGAUCAAAAUCGAGUGCUUUUAACGCAUAAAAAAGGUGGAAGGUGCAAACUGCGAUAGACUUAUUAUCAUCGCGUAACGUAACAUAUUAUAAUCACUGUUUAAUUUUAAGUACCUAUUGUCACAAUACAAGUAAAAGAUCAGUUGCGUUCCUCAGUGGUCUCCCUAAAAUUUAUACCUACGCGACGUCAGUGCGGAACACUCGGGUUAGGCGUAGUAAUUUAACGAGGACUGCGGCGACCAGUCUAGAAUGCGUACGGCGUGGCACUCAAUAGUUUUGUCUUCCUAGAUUGCUUAGCGACGGUGUAAGCUCGAUCGAGCGCUAAGUAUGAAGUAAACGUACUGUCCUAUUACUGUUUUUUGCUAUUGGUAGCAUUUCGAUAAAAUAUUUUAUUGCAAUAACAAAUUAUAACAUAUAUAUAUUGAUAAAGUAUUACAUUUGUAAGAGAUACGAUUACUAAUAGAUUGUAAUGCUAAUUCCUGUAAUGUUUUUAAAUGUAAUAUUCAUAGCAGUAAUCAUCUAGGAAUGCUGCGGAAUUCACAAGUGCGUUUUACUGGUCUUCAAAAAUGUCUUACUUAUGUUUCGUUCUAUAUUAAGUCUUACAUUAUUUAUUUGUUUGAUUAAAUCACUCUUAUUUAAACACAAAUCACUUUCUUGCCUAGAUUUCAAUUUUAUUUUAAGAUUCAUGUUUUAUCUUGCUUACUUAUGGCUGUCUGCUUUGAAUUAAUUACUGCAUGAUUCAUUUAUGUACAAUAAACAUUCAAGUUAAGCUUACUUAGAAUGUUAAGGUGUAUUCGUACUUAAUUUAACAUGUUUAACACAUUAUAUUCUUUCAUUUAAAAAUCUAUGCUACUUAUUUUUGUAUUACGAGUAGUUGUAUAUUUUUAUAUUUUG